GACCCGGAGGGAGAGGCCGAGGCCUGGGCCUGGGGUCGCGGCUCUAUCCGCUUCUCUCUCUCUCUCUCUCUCGGUCUCUGCUUCUGUCUCUUGUUUUGUCCACAGAGCGUCUGAGAGUGAAUUCAUCUCAAGAUGGGUGAACGCAAAGGUGUGAAUAAGUACUACCCGCCUGACUUCGACCCAGCUAAGCAUGUCUCUCUCAACAAGUAUCGAAACAGCCACCCUCUGCGGGAGCGAGCCCGUAAACUGUCCCAAGGAAUCCUUAUCAUUCGGUUUGAGAUGCCAUACAACAUCUGGUGUGAUGGAUGUGGGAAGCACAUUGGAAUGGGUGUCCGUUACAAUGCAGAGAAGAAGAAAGUUGGGAACUACUACACCACUCCCAUCUACAGGUUUCGGAUGAAGUGCCACCUGUGCGUGAACUACAUUGAGAUGCAGACGGACCCGGCAAACUGUGACUACGUGAUUGUGAGCGGAGCUCGGAGGAAGGAGGAACGGUGGGACAUGAAGGACAAUGAGCAGAUCCUGACCACUGAGCACGAGGAGAAGCAGAAGCUGGAGACGGACCCGAUGUACAAACUGGAACAUGGUGUCCAGGAUCAGCAGAAGCUGAGAACGGCCAUUCCCACCCUGGCCAACAUCCAGGAGAUGCAGAGCCCGUGGAAGGACGACUUUGCCAUCAACAGCCUCCUGCGCAGGAAAUUCCGGGAUGAGAAGAAAGAGCUGAAGGAGGCGGAGGAGCGGGACUCGGAGUUGAGGAGCCGAACGUGUUUCAGUUUCCCUCUGGUCCCCGAGAGCGAGCAGGACAGACAACUGGCCACACUGCUCAAACUGCGCAGCCUGGACUCGUACGAGGACAAGCAGAGAAUGAAACGGCAGGAGAUCACUGCAAGACCCUGGUUGCCCCCAGCGGCCAGCCCUGGGGGCGACCGGGCCGGAGAGACGCUAAAGAAACUCGGGCUCAGCAAAGCCACGCCGGGGAAAGUCUCUCACGGGCUCGCCCUCACCGGGAGGCUGCCUUGCCAGCUGCAAAUCGUCCGACGAAAAGCAGAGGAGUGUUUGGCGAUUCAGGAUCGUGCGGGUGGAAAUCCAGACUCCGGAUUAGAGACAGAGACAGGGCAAGGAAAGGAGGGAAUCUGUUACAAUGAGCAACCGGUGGACAACACAAGCAGGGACGGUUCAAACACAGCGGGCGCGGAUCAAGACACAAGCGUCUGUUCUCUCGUGGCCGACUACACUGACUCUGACUCUGACACAGACCCCUCUUGACCCUCAGGCACCGACACUGUAUUUAUUCCGAAACCUGUACAAUAAAUAUUCCAUCCACCUCCACACGUACCUCA